AUGGUUCCCAGCAGUAAAAACGCUGAUGAAAUUAACAAAACUGCCUUCCAGAAGAAGUGCAGAAUGAGUACAUGUUGUUGGUGUACCCCAGGUGGUACUUCCACCACUGACUUCCUGCAACGCUAUGCAUCCAAGACCCGCUCCAGUGAAUUUCAGACAGCUGAUGAAGACCUCUGCUACUGCUUGGAGUGUGUGGCUGAGUACCACAAAGCAAGGGACGAAUUGCCAUUCUUACAUGAGGUUUUAUGGGAAUUAGAAACCUUACGUCUCAUAAAUCACUUUGAAAGAUCCAUGAAGGCAGAAAUUGGAGAUGAUGAUGAGUUAUAUAUAGUAGACAACAACGGAGAGGCACAGCUGUUUGACUUCACUGGCCAAGACUUUGAAAAUAAGCUUCGAGUUCCUCUUCUUGAAAUACUGAAAUAUCCAUAUCUGCUUUUACAUGAGCAUGUCAAUGAAUUAUGUGUUGAAGCACUUUGCCGGAUGGAACAAGCUAAUUGCUCCUUUCAAGUUUUUGACAAACAUCCAGGGAUCUAUUUAUUUUUGGUUCAUCCCAAUGAAAUGGUUCGGCGUUGGGCUAUCCUGACUGCAAGAAACUUGGGGAAGGUGGAUAGAGAUGAUUACUAUGACUUACAGGAGGUUUUGACUUGCCUUUUUAAAGUUAUUGAGUUGGGACUUCUAGAAAACCCAGACAUUUAUACUUCUUCUGUCCUUGAGAAGGGUAAACUGGUUCUUCUGCCUUCACACAUGUAUGAUACUGCCAACUACAAAAACUAUUGGUUAGGUAUUUGCAUGCUGCUGACCAUUCUUGAGGAGCAAGCCAUGGAUUCACUGUUGCUGGGCUCAGAUAAACAGAAUGAUUUUAUGCAGUCAAUACUUCACACCAUGGAGAGGCAAUCAAAUGAUGAUAGUGUGGAUCCUUUCUGGCCAGCGUUACACUGUUUCAUGGUGAUUCUGGAUCGCCUUGGAUCUAAGGUCUGGGGUCAACUUAUUGAUCCUAUUGAAGCAUUUCAAACCAUUAUAAACAACGUGAGCUACAAUAGAGAGAUCCAGAAUAUACGGAAUAGCUCUAUGAGGACCAAGUUAGAGCCGGAGUCAUAUUUGGAUGAUAUGGUGACUUGCAGCCAGAUUGUAUACAAUUACAAUCCUGAAAAGACCAAAAAGGAUUCAGGGUGGAGAUCAGCCAUUUGCCCUGAUUAUUGUCCUAACAUGUAUGAAGAAAUGGAAACAUUAGCUAACGUGCUCCAGUCAGAUAUUGGUCAGGACAUGCGUGUUCAUAACAGCACAUUUCUGUGGUUCAUCCCUUUCGUGCAAUCCCUCAUGGACCUGAAGGAUCUGGGUGUGGCUUACAUAGUGGAGGUUAUUCACCAUCUAUACUCUGAAGUCAAAGAUGUUCUCAACCAGACAAACGCUGUGUGCGACAAAGUCACUGAGUUUUUCCUUCUGAUUUUGGUGUCCGUGAUUGAACUGCAUAGAAAUAAAAAAUGUCUACAUUUGCUGUGGGUUAGUUCCCAGCAGUGGGUGGAGGCUGUGGUGAAGUGUGCCAAGCUCCCGACCACAGCGUUUGCACGGAGUUCUGAGAAGUCAUCUGGAAACUGUUCCAAAGGCACAGCAAUGAUAUCGUCCCUGUCGCUGCAUUCGAUGCCCUCCAACUCUGUGCAGCUGGCUUGUGUGCAGCUGAUUAGAAGUCUCCUGAAAGAAGGCUAUCAGCUUGGGCAACAGACACUCUGUAAGCGGUUCUGGGAUAAGCUCAACUUAUUCCUGCGAGGAAAUUUAUCUUUAGGUUGGCAGUUGACUAGUCAGGAAACCCAUGAGCUACAAACUUGUUUAAAGCAAAUUAUUAGGAACAUAAAAUUCAAAGUACCUCAAUGUAGCACUUUUGUGGAUCUGAAUCCAUGUAAGACGCCUCCUUCAUCUUAUAAAGAAGAAAGUGAACAAAUGGGGAAGAAGUCUGAAAAAGAUGGGCACUGUCUGGAAAAUUCCAGCCCAACAUUUUCUAAAGAACCGAUGAAAGCUGAUACUUAUCAAGUGCAAGAGAGUAUUUUGAGCAAAGCAAAUAAUGCCAUAGAAGAGAAUAAAGAGCCAUAUUAUAUAAAAGAUUUGAAACUAGAAGACCACCUGUCAGCUGAGUCAUGUUUGAAGCUGAGUAGUAAAAACCUUGCCUGUGAAAGAGUUCAAAAUCAAGUUAAAAUAAGUACAGGGAAAUAUAAAUCUGUAAAAGAGAAUUCCUCAUAUACCCCACAGAAUGGUACUUUAAGAAGUGGUCCAGAAAAAGUAUUUGACAGAGGAAUAAUAAUAUCAAGGCACUUGUUGACUGUUUCUAGCACAGACUCUCUGGAAAAAGUGUCUGCCUCUAAUGAGGACUUCUCUUUAAAGGAUGUUGGUCUUGGCAAAAGCUCAAAAGCAAAAUCCAAGACACAUAAAGAUGGAGUGUGUGCUAAGUUGUCACAUGUAAUAAAAAAGCAACACAGGAGAAGUAUCAGUUUAGAGGAAAACCUGACUGUGUCUAGCAUUGAGAGUUUCUAUUCAAAGAAAGAUACAGGAGGUCAGAAAGGAGGUGGAAACAUAUGCAAUCCUUCUUUAGUCCCAAAUGGUAUUCUGGAUGAUAAAAAUGGAGAACAAAAAUCUCAAAGCUGUUUACUGCUGAGAAAGAAAGAAGUAAAGAAAGAAAAGUUAGAUAUUUUCUCUACCCCUGAAAAUAGUUGUCAAAUACAGGAAUCUCAUGUUGAUACCAAAGAUUUGGUGUCACUCACAGAAAUGACCAACAUUUGCAUGACGAAAGCAUCUCCCUUUAAAGAGCCUGUGGCUGGUCAUGAAUUGAGAGAUAGGAAAAUUAGUAGGAGCACUGAUUCGUUUUCUUCUAAUUUAAGAGAACAGGACCUUAGCAGCAGUCCACAGCCUGACACCUUAACAGAUUCUCAGGUAGACAGAGACCUCCACAGAUUAUCUUUAAUAGCUCAAGCCAGUGUUACUAAGUUCCCAUCAGAUUCAACUCAAAAAAGUUCAUCCCAGAUACAAAGGAAAGUAAAAGAUGAGAAAAGAUGGUUCACAGCAAACCAAAAUAUCAGGGAAACCUGCCGUGCACAGGUUAUUAUUAUUUCAGAUUCCGAUGACGAUGAGGAGGAAAGAAUUCUGGGUUUGAAGAAACACAUGAAAGAGAUCAAAGCAUGCAUUGAGAAAGAAUGUCCAGAGCAACAUACUUCAAUAGCUAACACAAAUGUGGAACAGAAGGUAAUAAAGGAAGAAAAUCCAGUGUCCCUUUUGCAGUUUGAGGAAUCUGAUUCUCAGUUUUUUGAGUUUGAGACUCCAUGUGAAGUGUUUUCAGUUUGGCAAGAUGAGAAACCAGACAAGAAUUCAGCUCAAGAGAAUGAAAAAAAUCUAUGCUUGACUCAUGUGGGUGAUACUGCAAAUGAUUGGGGUUAUGAGACAGAUUAUGUAUCUGAAGAGGUCAUUAAAAAGGUAGCAGAGAACUUUGAAGAGUGCACAAAAGCACAUAGUAGUAGUACUUCUGUUGAGAACUUUUGUGAAAUUGAAGUAAAAAAACCCAAGAGAAGACGAUAUGAAAAACCUAUAGCUGAAGAUCCUCUAAGGCCUUCUUCAUCUUCUGUCAAAAAUGAGGACCAGUCUGAUACUAACAAGGGAAAUCUGAGUGAAAAUGAUUUUAAAGGUGUAGACACAAGGUCUACAGUUCCCAGUUCAAGUGUUCAGAGAAACGCUGCGGUUUCCCCAAAGAAGUCUCCUCCAAAGCCUCGCACGUAUUCCAGACCUGUCAGGAAAGUUCCAGUGGUUAAAACUUCUAAGAAAUCCCAUUCAGAUACCAAGAAAGGGCAGAGUAAAAGCUCCCAUUACAUAAGCUGUAGAACAACUCCUGCUAUUGUGCCGCCAAAGAAAUUGCGCCAGUGUCCUGAACCAACUUCAACAGUUGAGAAACUUGGCCUGAAAAAGGCCCCUCGUAGGGCAUUUGAAUUGUCCCAGCGAUCUUUAGAGUGUAUAGUUCAGCUGCGUGACCAUGGCAAAACUGUUGGAGUAGUGGAUACCCGGAAGAAGACGAAGUUAAUUUCUCCUCAGACUCUCUCUGUCAGAAAUAAUAAGAAACUGCUAACGAGUCAAGACCUUCAGAUGCAAAGGCAGAUGAGAUCCAAAUCGCGGCGAAACAGACAAGAACGUUUCGAUUGUCAAAGUACAGAUAUGACACGAGCAGGGCCACAUGCCGCACAGAGUUCUAUGCCAGAAUCAAAUAAGUCAGAUUAUAGUCAUAAUGGAGGAGCCGAAGUAACUGCUAACAAUAAGGGAAAACAGUUAAUAACUUGUCAGUCUUCUGAAACAGAACCCGUGAAAGCAAACCAGUGUAAUCCUGUCAUGGUAAAUGGAAGAAUAGCAACAAAUGAAGUCAUUGUUCCUACCUCAGAGGACCCAUUAGGCAGAGGUGACCUGACAGUUCAUCGUUUAGAGGUGGCGACUUUGAAAGAGGGAGAGCCUGAAUUCAGCAGUGACAUAGAGGAAGAUAAUAUAUUUUUAACACAGCGUGACCCUGAAGACAUGGAUUUAUGUUCACAAAUCGAGAGAGAGGAUGAUAAACUCAUUGAAGUCAUUCCUGGAAAAGAUACAAUCCAGGGAGAGGAAGAUUGUGUGGGUCGGCCUCAGUUGGAAUCUUUGGGUAGCACAAAAUGUAAGUACAAAGAUUGUGUUGAAGCUCUGAAAAACCCGGGUGAGUACUGCUCAAAACACGCAAAAACUAAAGCCACAGAUGAAGAUGUAUUUCGUAAACCGGGCUUGCCUCUGUCUGUAUCAAAACGUUCGAGACCUUCCACGACCAAGGUUUUUAGUUCAAGCAGUACUUCACGGAUUGCUGGUCUCUCCAAGUCUUUGGAAAGUACUGCAGCCCUCCCAUCAUCUCUGAAAAAUAAGUCAAGUGGGGCACAGUCUGUUCUGAAAGGACCACAGCCUCCCCUUCUGGUGUCUCUGAAGCCAGUGGCUGAAGUGAAAGGUCUGUGCAAUGUUUUCCCUGCUCAGACUCCAGAUAACUCCAACAGGCAAGGUUCAAGCGUUCCAUUUGGGGAAAACAGAUCUUUUUUGACUUCCUCUCCAGUAAACAUUCUCAUGUCACCACAGUCCAUCUGUGAUACUUUCGUAAAAGAGGUCUUGAAAUGGAGAUACGAGAUGUUUGUGAACUUUGAUCAGUGUGGGCCCCCGUUGAGUCUGUGUCAGUCCAUCACAAGACGGGUGCCUAUCAGGUUUCAAGACUGUGGAGAUUAUUUUAGUGUGUUUUUCCCUUUGGUUUUACUGAAUACUUUUGAAACGGUGGCACAGGAAUGGAUCAACUCUCCAAACAAAGAGAAAUUCCAUCAGUUGCAUUUACGAAAAUUUCCUGGUGAUUAUAAAAAAUACUGGGAGUUUGUGGUUUAUCUUGAGGAAUGUGAACUAGCUAAACAGCUUCAUCCAAAGGAAAAUGAUUUGGUGUUUUUGGUUCCUGAAAACAAUGAGGAGAAGAAAGAUUUAGAGUGGAGUCAUCUGGAGGAUGCCUGUGAAUAUUAUUGUGGCUAUGUUCAUAAAUUCCGCCGUACUUCAGUCAUGCGUAAUGGGAAGACUGAGUGUUCGGUUUCCAUCCAGACUCAAGAUAAUUUACCAGUCAGUUUAAAUGAACUCGUGAAAUGCUUUGUAAUCAGCUCUCUGGUGACUACACAAAGGAAGUUGAAAGCCAUGUCUUUGCUGAGUGGUCGGAACCAACUGGCCAGAGCCAUUCUGAAUCCAAACCCCAUGGACUUCUGUACAAAAGAUUUACUAACUACAACAUCUGAGAGAAUUGUUGCUUACUUAAAAGAUUUCAAUGAAGACCAGAAGAAAGCGAUAGAAACUGCAUAUGCCAUGGUGAAACACUCCUCAUCAGUUGCCAAGAUCUGUCUGAUUCAUGGACCACCUGGAACAGGAAAAUCAAAAACCAUUGUUGGCAUCCUGUACCGCCUGCUGACAGAGAACCAAAGGAGGGGGCAUUCAGAUGAAAACUCCAAUGCCAAAAUCAAGCAAAACCGUGUCCUCGUAUGUGCACCUUCCAAUGCAGCUGUUGAUGAACUUAUGAAAAAAAUUAUCCUUGAAUUCAAAGAAAAGUGUAAAGACAGGAAGAAUCCUAUGGGAAACUGUGGAGAUAUAAACUUAGUACGUCUAGGUCCAGAAAAGUCUAUUAAUAAUGAGGUCCUAAGAUUCAGUUUGGACAGUCAAGUUAACCACAGAAUGAAAAAAGACUUACCGUCUCAUGUUCAGGAGAUGCACAAAAGAAAGGAAUUUCUCGAUCGUCAACUUGAUGAACUUUCCCGCCAGCGUGCUUUAUGCCGAGGUGGAAGGGAAUCGCAGAGGCAAGAAUUAGAUGGAAAAAUUGCCAGAGUUUCAAAAGAAAGGCAGGAGCUUGCUUCUAAAAUUAAAGAGGUUCAAGGACGCCCACAGAAGACCCAGAGCAUCAUCAUCCUGGAAUCGCACGUCAUCUGCUGCACGCUGAGCACCAGCGGCGGCUUGCUGCUUGAGGCGGCCUUCCGCGGGCAGGGGGGCGUCCCCUUCAGCUGCGUUAUCGUCGAUGAGGCUGGACAGUCCUGUGAAGUUGAAACACUUACUCCUCUGAUCCAUCGUUGCAACAAGCUUGUCCUGGUAGGAGACCCUAAGCAGCUCCCUCCCACAGUCAUUUCCGUGAAGGCACAGGACUAUGGCUAUGACCAGUCGAUGAUGGCCCGCUUCCACAAGCUCCUAGAGGAGAGUGUGGAGCACAACAUGAUUGGCAGGCUGCCCGUCUUACAGCUCACCAUCCAGUACAGGAUGCAUCCAGACAUAUGUCUCUUCCCUUCUAGUUACAUUUAUGACGGAACCUUGAAAACAAAUAGAGGGACAGAGACUAGUCGGUGCUCGUCUGACUGGCCAUUUCAACCCUACCUCGUGUUUGAUGUUGGAGAUGGCUCGGAAAGACGGGAUAAUGACUCAUAUGUAAAUGUUCAAGAGAUAAAACUGGUAAUGGAACUAAUUAAACUUAUUAAAGACAAAAGAAGGGACAUUAAUUUCCGAAACAUUGGCAUAAUAACCCAUUACAAGGCUCAGAAGACGAUGAUUCAGAAGGAUUUGGACAAAGAGUUUGAUAGAAAAGGGGCAGCAGAAGUAGAUACCGUGGAUGCCUUCCAGGGUCGUCAGAAAGACUGUGUUAUUGUUACGUGCGUCAGAGCAAGUGCCACACAAGGCUCAAUUGGAUUUCUGGCAAGUUUGCAGAGAUUGAAUGUCACCAUCACACGAGCCAAGUACAGCCUCUUCAUCCUGGGACACUUGAGAACCCUAGUGGAAAAUCGGCAUUGGUAUCACCUGAUUCAAGAUGCACAGAAGCGUGGAGCCAUUAUUAAGACUUGGGACAGGAACUACAGACAUGACGCGAUGAAGAUCCUGAAGCUCAAACCAUUGCUUCAAAGGAGCCUUACUCACCCUCCUACUGUUGCUCCAGAGGCAUACAGACCCCAGGGUGGCCUACCCAGCAGCAAGCAAGAUAGUGAACUCAGCAAGACAUCUUUUGCUUCUUCCCUGUACCACUCACCUUCUGAUUCCAAAGAAGCCACAGUCACUGAUGCUGCAAAGGAUCCUGAAAGGCCACCCAAUCAGGACCGGCUUCGGGACCCGAGACUGCUGCGGAGGAUGGGCUUGGCCUUGGAUGCCCAAGGAAUGAACCUCAGGGAGCCGCAGCCCUUGAGCCCCCAGCAUUCCGGAGCAGCGCCUCCUUUGGGAGCACCAAGCUGCCCUGGGAGUCCCCAGGAGCCGUGCACCAUCGGGCAGCAGGGAGUUACCCUGAACAACCACACACCUCACAUGCAGUGCGACUCUCCAGCUGCUAGUACUGACACUUCCACAAGCAAAAAAAAGUGUGAUGAGGAAGAGGGGGUGCUCGGCCACAGGAGAGAGACCAGGGCCUUGAGUGAAGGGGAUCAGGAGUGGUGGGCGAGCUCCGACACAAAGAGGAACUCAGACUGGGACGAGAGGGGCCUGGAGGAGGACAGCAUCUCGAAGAAGAGACGGGUUUUAUAG